CCCCCCGCGCUCUCCUGCGCGUCACUUCCGGGGCGGUGGCGAGAACGAGGCUCACUUCCGCCCGCGGGGGAGCUGCGGCGGUGGCGGCGCAGGAGGCCGGGCCGGGGCGCGGAGGGACCGACGGACGCACGGGCGGGCGGCCGGGAGCCAUGGAGCGCGGCCCUGGGGCCCCGGGGCGCGGGCCGAGGUGGGCUUCCCACGGCACGACAUGGAGACCUGUGGUCGCAAGGCUCCCUGGGGCUCGGCUUGGACCGCGAUGGGGCUGGGCCCUGGCCUCCUAACGGGGCUCCUGUCUGGGGCGGUAGCUGUGGGGGCGCCCUCCCCCCUGCCCGCAACUCGGAGCACCCCCACCCCUCCCCUGCUGGGCCAGGCCGGGUGGCGUUGUUGGCGGGGGCCCCGGUGGAGGCCCGGCCCGGGCGGCGCCCGCCAUGAACGGGCUGUCGCUGAGUGAGCUCUGCUGCCUCUUCUGCUGCCCGCCCUGCCCCGGCCGCAUCGCUGCCAAGCUCGCCUUCCUGCCGCCAGAGGCCACCUACUCCCUGGUGCCUGAACCCGAGUCAGGGCCUGGUGGGGCCGGGGCCGCCCCCUUGGGGACCUUGCGGGCCUCCUCGGGUGCACCCGGGCGCUGGAAGCUGCACCUGACGGAGCGUGCCGACUUCCAGUACAGCCAGCGCGAGCUGGACACCAUCGAGGUCUUCCCCACGAAGAGCGCCCGCGGCAACCGUGUCUCCUGCAUGUAUGUUCGCUGCGUGCCUGGUGCCAGGUACACGGUCCUCUUCUCGCACGGCAACGCCGUGGACCUGGGCCAGAUGAGCAGCUUCUACAUUGGCCUGGGCUCCCGCCUCCAUUGCAACAUCUUCUCCUAUGACUACUCUGGCUAUGGUGCCAGCUCGGGCAGGCCGUCCGAGAGGAACCUCUAUGCUGACAUUGACGCCGCUUGGCAGGCCCUGCGCACCAGGUACGGCAUCAGCCCGGACAGCAUCAUCCUGUACGGGCAGAGCAUCGGCACGGUGCCCACCGUGGACCUGGCCUCGCGCUACGAGUGCGCCGCGGUGGUGCUGCACUCACCGCUCACCUCGGGCAUGCGCGUCGCCUUCCCCGACACCAAGAAGACCUACUGCUUCGACGCCUUCCCCAACAUCGAGAAGGUGUCCAAGAUCACGUCGCCCGUGCUCAUCAUCCACGGCACGGAGGACGAGGUGAUCGACUUCUCGCACGGGCUGGCCCUCUACGAGCGCUGCCCCAAGGCCGUGGAGCCGCUGUGGGUGGAGGGCGCCGGGCACAACGACAUCGAGCUCUACAGCCAGUACCUGGAGCGCCUGCGCCGCUUCAUCUCCCAGGAGCUGCCCAGCCAGCGCGCCUAGCGGCGGCCGGGGCCCCAACCGGCCGGACCUCAGCAAUAAGGCGGCCCCUGGACCUCACCCCGCGCCGGCCCCCCAGGGGCUGCAUGUGGACCCCCGGGCGGCCCAGGGGACCCCGCCCCGACCCAGGGGCCGUGGACUAUGUACAGGCAACAGAGCUACGCACUCCUUUCCUUUUGGAAGCAAGAAGAAAAUACGUGAAAACGGAAAUUAAAGAUUUAAAAUUUUAGGACUGCUCUCCUUCCUUUCAUGGCUCUGCUCACUCUCUCGAGGGCUCAGCGAGCUCGAAAGGGGGCCGGGGUUCCCAGGUUUCGCCCCUGAGUCCCCAAGAAAGAUUGGCACGGACCCCCGUAUGAGUUCUAUCCUCUGUGGAAGCCGGGUGGGUCUCGGUCUAGUCCGGGGGGCCCUUAGGGAGCUGGUUGCCUGGGUGGUGAUGGGUCGGGGCAGCAUUUGAGCCCAGGAGCCCUGCCUACCUCCUGCGGAGGCUGGUGAGCUCUGCUGGGUGGGCGCGAUGAGGACGCCAGGCGUGGGGGCCCUGCUGUCAUCGUGGGACCGCCCCCUCGACAGCUUCCCAUCAGUCGUACUGCAGAGAGGCCAGGACAGGGCACUCUGGGUCCUGAGGUGCCGCGCUUGACGGACCCCAGAGCUCGGGCAAGCAGGCCGCUUCCUUUGUAGAUGGCGAAGCUGGGGUCCAGCAGAGGGCGGUGGCAGGUGCUUGGGCCCCAAGGGUCUCCUCUGGAAGAGGGAGCCGACCCUGGAGCUGGGGUCACGAGAAGAGUUCCUACGACCUCUAGGGCAGAAGCCCUAGGACUGGGAGGACUCGGGAACCGGUGGCCUGUCGUCCACCUUACGAUUGGGUAGGGUUCAGCCUGUGUCGCGCGACCAGGCGGUGGCGAGGCCGGGACCCCAAGCUGCCUCCAAGUAGCUCUAGUCCGCGGCUCCUUUAAGAGAGGGCGGUGCUUCAGCCUGGGCGAGAGAAGGGCGCCGCGUCACCUGCGGGGCCGCGGCACUGACGGAAGCGGAAGUGGCGGCGCGCGUGCGGAAGUGGCGAUGGCGGCGGUGGCUGGCGUCAGGCUGUGGACGAAGAGGCGGUCUCGGUGGGGAACGCCCUUUUGCUUGUGACUGGCAGGGCUGUGACAAGAAGUUCGCCCGCUCUGACGAGCUGGCCCGCCACCACCGGACACACACGGGCGAGAAGCGCUUCUCCUGCCCUCUGUGUUCCAAGCGCUUCACCCGCAGCGACCACCUGGCCAAGCAUGCCCGCCGCCACCCCGGCUUCCACCCGGACCUGCUCCGGCGCCCUGGUGCCCGCAGUACCUCCCCCAGCGACUCGCUGCCCUGCAGCCUGGCCGGGAGCCCUGCGCCCAGCCCCGCGCCCAGCCCAGCCCCCGCAGGCCUGUAGGGCCCUCGUCCAGCCCACCCUGACCACCAGGAUGCUUCUGCCAUCCAGGGGUGUAGUGAGGACCCACGGGGAGCCCAGUCCCCUUCCAGCUGUGGGCAAACCCUGAAGACACCCCUGCCCCCCUCCAGAGAGCAAGGAGGGGGCCUGAGACUGGACCCGGGUCUGCCUGACCUCAGAGGUGGCUCUCAGGACGGGUGACGGGGGCUUGUGUUUGUAAAUAGCCAUGAUACUAACUUUCUUCCCAUCUGUGCAACGGGGCCCCCCCGGGGCAGCUAGGAGGUCCUCCCCUCUCCUCUCCACCACCCCCUGCUGCCCCCCUCCCGGGGUGGGGUUUGCGGGGGUGGAGUGGACUUCUGGGAGCUGGCCCAGGGAAGGCACCCCCUGCCCCAUCCCUGCAGGUUGGGAUGAAGCGUGCAGACAGCCAUAGAGGAGCUGGGGGUUGACACGGCCCCUGCCUCUCCCCACCCUACCCCACCCCACCGAAAGCCAUGGGAGUAGUUCAGGGAAACGGGGGUGCAGCCCGGCCGCCCCCCACUCGGGUACUCAAUCUCAGGUGUCCACAGGUUCUGCCCACGUUAGGGGCUGCCCAUCCCCCCAGACCUCGGGGGUAGAGCCAGGAGCGGGGAGACGUUAGGAUGCCCGGAGGGGCUCCAGGUCUUGCUUCUGAGACCUGCGAUGGGGAGGGAGGGGACCUCUGGGUUCUUCCAAAGAACAUUUGACUCAGUGGAGGUUGGGAGGUGGGAGGCGGAUAUCGGGGUCAGGAGGGAAUGCCGGCUUAUUUAUUUUCCUCUCUCCUCCGGUGUGGGGCCCUAGCUCCCCCUCUCUGGGUGGGUGGGAGAGAGAGGCUGCAGGGGAGGGUGGCACUGGGCCUGGCCCUCCAGCCCGUGCCCUGCCGACUUUGGCCUUUGCGGUAUCACGUGACAAUCAACUCCCUUAAGGACGCCUGCAGCCAUUGGGCCGCACUGCCCUCCCUGGCCUGCAGGUGGGGCCGUAGAGCCCAUGCCCACCGGGGUUGCAGGCUCUUCCGGGCGUGGGCUGCAGCCUGGCCAGGCCCUGCUUCCCCCACCUCCCCUCCUUCUCCUGGGUGCCUGGAAGAGGUGGGCCCUGGCCCAUGGUCGAGGUCCUGCCUCAUGGACUGGAAACAGAGGGCUGGCUGUGCAGCCUCCUGGGGUAGUUCGUUUUUUUUGCACCGGGUAGAAUAUUUUUUCAGGCACGGAUUCCUUUUUUCUGGGCCCCCGUGGGUGGUCCGGCAUCCUCAGGGGGUGUGAGUGUGUGUGUGGGGGGGUCUCUGAGCUGAACUUGGGUGGGUGGGGACUUGUCCCUCGGGGGCCACCUUCGUGUCCUUGCCAGGGGUCGUCCUGCUGUGGCCUGGGUUGCAUUUCCUCUUGGGGGGUAUUGAGGACCCCCCCAGCCCGGAAUGAGAAGGGUCCUAGGUUCCACGUCCAAGACCCGGAAAGGUGAAUCCCCUCACUGUUGGCUGCAGGAGGUUUUUGGUACCCCCUUUUGUUCCAGAACCUUCCUGCAUCUCGCUUGGGGGCAGGGGGGCUUCGGAUGGCCACUGGUGUGCACCUGGACCCAGCCCCGGCCUGGCAGGAUCCAGGGAUGGGUGCCUGGGGUCCUGCGGGCAGGGAGGCAGGGGACGCCCUUCUGGAGCUGGGCUCGGAGGGUCUGCCCCAUCCAGCCCUAGGCUCUCUGUAUUCUCUGUCCCCAGCCUCAAACCCUCCUCUGGCAGCGCUAGUGAGAUGCCUUAGUGUGUGGGGGUGGGUGGGGGACUGGGGCCCCGUUUUCCUUUAGUGUCUUGUUGGCCCCAGCCCUGGCCGGGGCCUGUCUGGAGCAGGGGUGGGUAGGGCUUUGGGUUCCAUAACUCUCUAAGUGGGCCCCUCUCCAGUAUCCAGGGGCCUGGAGAGACCUGCGCCCACCCCUCCACUCCCCCAGGAGCCGCUGGUCACUGGGACUUGGUUCCAGCCGUCUGCAGGGGAGGUGGCUCCAAGGGGCGUGUGCUUUCCGUGGGUGGCGCUCCUCCCCCACCCUGCCUGGCCUCAUCCUUGUAUUUAAUUAAUUAAACGAGCCCCUUUUUAAACCCUA